CAAAGGCCAUCCAGUCGAACCCCUGCCAUGCAGGAACUCCCAAUCAAAGCAUCCCCGACAUUCAUUGGAGAUUGUGUGGGGCUGGAGAAGAGGGCUGAGGAUCCCAUGGAAAGCAGCCCAAAGGACCAACCAAUGGGUCCUGGAGCAGAUCAAGCCAGAAAUCCCCCUAGAAGCCAAGAGGACAAAACUCAGGUUGUCAUACUUUGGACACAUCAUAAGAAGGCAUGAAUCACUGGGAAAAAGGGAAGAGAGGAAGAUGAACGGAAGAUGGAGCUGACCAAUGAGAAGGCAGAUGGAGCUCAGCCAAUAGCGCGAGGGCUGGGGAAGGGAGAGUCAGUGGACAGUUGGUUGGCAGCUGGACUAGACUCUUGAAGGAAGGGCCAAUCCAAGGCAAUGGGAGGGCUUUGGGUUAAUAGAGUCCCUGAGGGACUGGAAAUUGGGUUUUGGAGUCCGGAGGAAAGGACUUGGGUCGCAAACAGACUCUAGAAUCAUAGAAUCAUAGAAUCGUAGAGUUGGAAGAGACCACUAGGGCCCUGAUCCAGUCCAACCCCAUUCUGCCAUGCAGGAAAUCCAAUCUAGAGUAGAGAGUGCUGGGUUGUGUACCUUGAGGGUUGCUGAUGGCCUUUGGGGCUUGAGCACUGAAAGGGGAAAUGGGCAGCACCAGUUCUAGGUAUAUAUGGAAACUAAGCAAGAUUACAAGAACCAGUUUGGAAAGCAUUUUAUUUAUUCCAUUCUGAUAGUCAAUAAACUUUUGGUCUUAUCACUGGCCUUAUACUGAUUUCAGAGACAGCAACGCUCCCUGCCCUUUAAAAUCCUUGGGUGUUGAAGGUGGAGGCUGGCAAGAUGUAAACCUCCGCAUACAUAGUACUUGGUGGUAGCGGAGGGAUAAAGAUAAUCCCUCAGGGCAGCCAUCAUCCAAAGUCAGUGUUAAGGUGAAGGCGACCUGGACGGGGCCUUCACAGCCACAUGCAAAAUGGAUGGACUCUCUUAAAGAGGCCAAGAUGGUGAGUUUGCAGGAGCUGAGCAGAGCAGAGCAGUGGAGGACGGAGGGCCUCCAAGUUGGAGAUGUCUCAUCCAUAGGGUCGCCCUGGGUUGAACAAGGGCAAUGAACCACAAAACAACAACCCCAGCCAUGUUUUGGGACAUUGCUGGUAACUGGCAAUAAGAAGAAACUCUAGCCAUGCUAAGGCCAUUAAAAGGGAGGAGGAACGAGGCAGAGCACUGAAGGAAAAGGUUCCUUACAAAGAAAUGAACGAUAAAGAAUAAGAGAUGGAGGACAACUGGUCCUCCAGCACAAUCUUAAAAGAUAAGUUGCAGAAAAAUGAUCAUUUCAGCCAAGCCUAGCCGAACCCAAAUCCCUGACUAAACAAAGGGCUAGAAGCCAAGACCUUGCUUAUUUUCAGCCUCUUCCUUUCAAUGGUCUCCCUCCAGCAACCAUCUCUCCUCCUAUCUUAGAGUCCCCUUCCCAAAGGGAAGAAAGGCCCUGAGAAAUGGAGGGAGUCCCAUGGAUCACAGCUGGUUUGGCUGAAUAAUAGUAUCAUGGAAGCCUCUCCCUUGACCUCUUGGGAAAUAUGAGCCCAGGGUGCGUACCUUGUACUUAUAUAAUAAGGUACGGAUCAAUAUGACAGAGGACACCGCAUGAAGUUCAGAGAAGUGCAUAUCCAGAUGAUGGUAAACAAGUCGGAUUACACAACUUGGCCAGAGAAAAGUAAAGGAGGCAUGCCUAUGCUUUGCAGAGUAUAAAUGUCAGGAUCUGGAGCAGAGUAACUCACCAUCUCCAUCCUUGAAUCUGGAGCCAUUCCUGCCUCUCUCUUCCGUCUGCUAAAAUGGAGCCCUUGGGGACAACCGCCGUUCUUCUGAUCGUCUGUAUCUCCUGCUUCCUCCUCUCUGCCAUCUGGAAGAGCGUGACUUGGAGGAAAGGGAAGCUGCCUCCUGGACCGACUCCGAUGCCCUUCAUCGGGAAUGCCCUCCAGCUGAAGACCAACCACUUGGAUCACGUUCUCCAUACGCUCAGUGAGAAGUAUGGCCCUGUGUUCACACUGCAUUUUGGCGCAGAGCGUGUCGUGGUGCUCUAUGGCUACGAAGCUGUCAAGGAAGCCCUGAUAGACCAGGCUGAUGACUUUGCAAGCAGGGGGCACCUGCCAUUAAUGGAGAAAUACGGCAAAGGGAAAGGGAUCAUCUUCAGCAAUGGAGAGACCUGGAAGCAGCUCCGGCGCUUCACCCUGACCACCCUCCGCAACUUUGGGAUGGGGAAGAAAAGCAUCGAGGAGAGGAUCCAGGAAGAAGCCCAGUAUCUCCUGGAACAGUUGCGAAACACUAAAGAGCAGCCCUUCGACCCCACCUUCCUCCUCAACUGCGCUCCUUCCAAUAUCAUCUGUUCCAUCGUCUUUGGAAAGCACUUCGACUAUGAUGAUGAGAAGUUUCUAGGAAUUAUGGGCUUAAUGAAUGACAACUUUGAGAUCCUUAGCUCUCCUUGGGGUCAGCUCUACAACAUCUUCCCUUCCGUAAUGGACUUCAUCCCUGGGCCUCAUCACAGAGUGGAUGCAAAUGUCAGAAAGGCCAUAGAGUUUGUUUCAGAAGAAGCCAAGGAGCACAAGGACACCCUGGACCCCAGCUCCCCUCGCGAUUUCAUCGACUGCUUCUACAUUAAAAUGGACCAGGAAAAAAAUAGUGAGGCCUCUGAGUUCACAAUGGAAAACUUGCUUAUCUCGGCCGUUGACCUAUUUGGGGCAGGAACAGAAACGACCAGCAGCACUCUCAGAUACGGGCUCCUGAUCCUCCAGAAAUACCCAGAGAUAGAAGGAAAAGUGCAAGAAGAGAUUGACCGGGUGGUUGGCCGCUCAAGAAGGCCUUGCAUGGCUGACCGCGGACACAUGCCUUACACGGAUGCCGUCAUCCACGAGAUCCAGAGGUUCAUCUCUCUCGUCCCAUUGAAUCUCCCUCAUGCGGUGGCCAAGGACAUGCCAUUCAGAGAAUAUGUCAUCCCCAAGGGCACCACAAUAUAUCCUGUUCUGACCUCAGUGUUGCAUGACAGCAAGGAAUUCCUCAACCCCACAAAGUUUGACCCCCAGCAUUUCCUGAACAAAGAUGGGAGCUUCAGGAAGAGCGACUACUUCAUGCCCUUUUCUGCAGGGAAGCGGAUCUGCGCAGGAGAAGGCUUGGCCCGCAUGGAGCUCUUCCUGUUCUUGACCUCCAUCCUCCAGAACUUCAAGCUGAAGCCCCUCACGGACCCCAAGGAGAUCGACAUUACACCUCUGAUGAGCAGUACCACCAACAUCCCCCGGCCCUACCGCCUCUGCGUCGUGCCCCGUUGAGAAGGCCACCAUCUCUGGCAGAGGUGCAAAUGGGCAGAGAAACUCAGCUUAUACUUCUGUUGUAAGAGAAGUUUUCCAGCCCUCCCAUUCUGGGCAAUGAAACUACAUUUGUGUGUUUAUGCGCCUUCAAGUUACCUGUCGACUUAUGGUGACCCCAUGAUUUCCACAGUCUUUUCUUCAGCAAGGAUUCCUCAGGGGUGGUUUUGCCAUUUCAACACCUGGUAUUCAUUGGUGGUCUUCCAUCCAAGGACUAACCAGGACUGACCCUACACUGACCCUACCUAGCUUCCAAGAUCAGACUGGACCUGGUGCCUUCAGGGGUAUAUAUAUAUUGAGAGUAUAGGACGUAAAAACUAUGGCCUCAAGUGAAAAUGUGGUUUUUCAUUAAAGACUUUGGGAAUAAAUUGGUUGUGUCCUCACCUGCA